AUGGGCUUGUGGCAGGAUCCGGGCACAGCUAUGGAAACUGCUCAUGUGGAACCAUCUAAGCAAAGGCUUAAUUCUGCUUUCAUUUAUAGCCAUUCCAUCUUUACUGGAAUCCCUGAAAACUGUGGUUCUGUGAGACUGGCCCAGGGUAUUCUAACAGAGAAUUUCCACCGCUCUCACCAAGCUAAGGACUUAUCUGUUUGCCUCAUGAUUUCUAGGCACGGAUCUGAGAGGUUUUUCUUUUGUCUUGUGGGUUUCCCCAGCAAAGUGCCCUGUUUACUGCCCAAUCAGAACAAAGUCAAUCUGCUGAAAACCCAACUGGCGUUUGUUCCGAUUCAGCAGUGA